AAGCUGGGUUUGCUUGUAUGAACAAUCUGAUUGUGCAACAAGCCUCGCAAGGUCUUGCCAAGGCAGUUUUAUCAGAAGUUGAAGAUGCGAAAAGCAAAGGAGUAGUUAUCGGCUAUGAUGGGCGUUAUCACUCCAAAGAAUUUGCAGCUAUCACCGCACAAGUCUUCUUACACGAAGGCUUUAAAGUGUAUUUGUUCAGUACAAUAGUCCCGACUCCAUACACUGCUUUUGCUGUUUCUUUGUUACAAACUGCUUGUGGAGUCAUGGUGACUGCCUCACACAAUCCAAAAGCAGAUAAUGGUUAUAAAGUCUAUUGGGAGAAUGGCUGUCAAAUCGUCGAACCGACUGACGCGACGAUUGCCAAAUCGAUCGACGAGAACUUAGAGCCGUGGGACUUAACUCACGUCGACUUAACUCACGUCAUCGACCCACUUGAGAAAGUUCAAGGGGAAUAUACUAAACAGAUGCUUGAGACUGUCCCCCAUUUCAAAGUCCCUCAAACACCAAAAAUCAAAUACGUCUACACUCCAAUGCAUGGAGUGGGGUCGGUCUAUGUACAAAAGGCUUUUGAAGCAGCGCAGUUACCACAACCCCUUCUUGUACCUUUGCAGAAUGAAGCCGAUCCGGAAUUCCCAACCGUCCCAUUCCCAAACCCAGAAGAAGGAAAAGGCGCGUUGAAGUGUUCGAUUGACGUCGCAGAUGCAAAUGGAGCGGAUUUGAUCAUUGCGAAUGACCCCGAUGCGGACAGAUUAUCGAUUGGUGUCAGAACAAAGAACGGGUGGAGACAAUUGAGCGGCAAUGAGAUGUCGAACAUCAUUGCGGACUGGUGCUAUGUCAAGUAUAAGGAAUCGGGAUGCAAGACCCCAGCAUUCAUGGUGAGAAGUGCCGUGUCCUCCAAUUUCAUCUCAAAAAUGGGACAAGUUGAGGGAUUUGAGACACUCGAGACAUUGACGGGAUUCAAGUGGAUUGGAAACGUCGCGAAGAAGGUGGUUGACACGGAACAUAAGAAGUUGUUAAUGGCGUAUGAAGAAGCUAUUGGAUUUGUUAUUGGGAAUAUGUCAUAUGAUAAGGAUGGUGUGAGAGCAGCGGUGUGUAUAGCAGCUAUGGCACUUGAAUAUGCGGAGAAAGGUAAAACUAUCGAACAACGAUUGGAUGAGUUGUAUGAGAAAUACGGUUACUUCGCAAGCAACAAUAAGUAUUACUUCUGUUACGAUCCAAAACUGAUGGAACGUAUCUUCAACAAGAUGAGAAACGAAGGAAAAUACAUCUGGAAGUUCGGACAAUUCGAGGUCGAAAGCAUUAGAGAUCUCACUCUCGGAAUCGAUACCGCUGAGGCAGACAAGAAACCAAAAUUGCCAAUCCAAGCUUCAGCUCAAAUGAUCACUUACAGAUUCAAAAAUGGCUGUUUGGCUACUCUCAGAGGAAGUGGAACAGAACCAAAGUUGAAAUAUUAUAUCGAACUCCCGGGAAAAGUCGGGGCUAAGAGAGAAGACGUCGUCAAAGAGUUGAUGGAACUCUCCCACGAAUUGUUACAAACCACUCUCGAACCAGAGAAGAACGGCUUGAUCGCUCCUAAGGCAGAAUAA